GUUGUUUUGAAAUUGAAAUACAAAAAGUAAUGUUGAGCCUGCGAACAACAUUAAAAAGAUGCCUUGCGGCUCCCAGCCGAAGGAGCAUCUCUGCUCUGUACAUAACAGGGGACAAGGCCAACGAAAACUACGUGACCCUACAGCCGUACUUUGAUUUCAAGGAUACCUUUAGCGACAGCGAAUCUCUGGAGCGAAGCAUCGCCGGGCGGGGCUUGGACAUUCGAGUGGAAAGUGUGCUCGGCAAGUACCAGAGCUACCAGACGUAUCACAACCAAAUGGCGAAGGUGGCGGAGGAACGGGAGACGGUAACCAAACGGCUGAAGGAGCUGUCCAAGGCUGGAGCCGACGCAGAUCAGCUAGAGGAGCUUAAGGAGCGUGGAAAGUCGUUGCGCAACGACUUGAAGACACUGAAGCAGGCACUCUAUCCCAUAGAAGAUGAUUUCAUACACGACUACCUGCAUCUGCCGAAUCGCCUGCAUGCCCACUGUCCCACUGGAGGCGAGGCGAAGCUGCUCUAUCGGCACAGUUUGCCCAGUUCUGGAACGACCCAAUCUCAUCUAGCAAACAAAGAUCUGAUACACUUUGUGGACAACAACCGGUACUACUUGAUGGAGCAGGCUGCUCAUUUCGACGUCAACGCCAUGCAGUCCCUUGCCCGCUAUUUUGUAAAGCACGGCGACUUCAUUCAAACCGCCAAUCCGGACUUUGUGCGUUGCGUUCUCCUGGAGGCAAAUGCUUCGCCCAUGGAUGACUAUUAUUUGGUGCGCGAGGAGCAUCUUCAGAACAAGAUCAACACAGCCUACCUGACGGGAGGAGCCGCCUUCGAGAGCUAUCUGGGCGCCAUGACCAAGCUGUGCGUGUAUCCCUCUGUCCUGCCGCUGCGCUAUGUGUGCUGUGGUCGCAGCUACAGUCGAGCAGAAGCAAAACUAUAUGGUCCCGAUCCCAGCCUCUACACGGCCACACAAUCAAAUGCUGUGCAGAGUUUUGUGGCCACACAAACAGCCGACGAAGCGGACGCCCAAAUGGAGCAAAUCUUAAAUCUGGCCAUAGAUUUCUACAAAGCGCUAGAUGUUCCAUUUAGGAUUACUUACGCACCAGCAACCGCACUCACCCCGGCAGAGAGCCUGCGAGCCGUCAUCGAGGUGUAUGCCCCAUCACUGCAGCGUUACGUUUGCGUGGGAAGGAUCAGCAACUACGGAGACUUUGUCUCCAAGCGAAUCCUAUUUAGCACGCGACGUGAGAAGCACUACGAUUUCCUACACCUGGUCGGAGGACCAGUGCUCUACACCUCGCGACUGAUAGCAGCUCUUCUGGAGCACGGCGUGAACCUGGCAGACUGUCAGCUUCCGGGGACCCCAGCCAGCCAGGACGCCCAACAGAAUGGCCUGCAGCAGUUCAAGGACCUCUUUGCAUAGAAAACAUUCUUUGUUCGAUUGUGUUGAGUGUCCUUAUAUCUAACAAUAAGUAAAAGUUAAGCUUUACAUACAA